AAAAUUGCAAACAGUAUCGCACCACUCACGUUGUAGGCAGCGUUCGGUCGCUUCGGCUCGCUGAUAAAACGAGUCGAGUUCAUAAAUAGGAGACUCGCUUCCGAGGUGCGAUAACUUGUGAAACAUUCGUUGUCUGAGUCGGUGAAAUUGACCUUGAGCUGGUCCAAGUAGGAGACCGACGAAAUGCCUCCAAAACCCAAAGCUGCUUCUACAACGAAGAGAGCGAGCGCUGGUGUCGCUUCCAGGAAACGCGGUAAUGCUGCGUUUUCUGAAAGGGAAAUUCCCGAUAUCAAAUGGGCGAAUCGACUCGGUCUGCAGGACAGAAGUCGGCUAGACGAUGCCACAAAAAAACUGCUUCAGGAAUGCGUCGAAACGACGGUUCCGCCUCCCGUUACAUUCGAAUCACUCGUAGAAAAAAGUAAUGCAUUUCCUCUAAAGUUUCCCGUGCGCACGCCCUGCCUCACGGAACUGCAAAAGCGAGUCUCGAAGGAAACUCUCGAGCGCAACGCCAAUUCGGUCUACCCGCUGAUUCACGAAGACACGUUACCGCUGAUAGCCGAUUGGCUGGAGAACAAGAGAGAGCGAGGAAAUCCCUUGGAGAAAAAUGUAUACGAAAAAAUGGGACUCAUCGAACUGAUUCAGCGGCUAUUCGAACGUAGAGCGUUUUGCUUCUUGGGUAAAAGGGACUUGUUCAAGGUCCUCGAAGUCCCAAAAGGCUACGGCGGAUGGGAGAAGAUUGGUACCGAAGAAGAGACGCCGCCUUUGCUGUUAGAAAAUUACAUUUCGUACGACGAAGUGAAACUAUCGGCCAUGAUGACGAUGUCCUCUUACACCGAGUUCGUCAACAACGGUUCUCGAAAAAACGUUGGAAUCCUGAACAGCGAUCCGAAAGAGAUUCAACCGCGAGGUGUUAUCAUAGGUGUGGUCGGCUCUAGAUUCCAGAAGCCCGGGUUCAUGGAGUACCAAGACAUUGCUGUAGCACCAGAACAAAACACCACGGAAAAUGGAUAUGGCCCUUCCGAUCAUCCGAACGCUAAAAAUGUGCCGGCAGGUCUCCAAGGUCUGCGGAAAGUUUGGGCACGAUUUUACGACGAGCCUUACUUACCCCUCUACGAAGAAGCGGAGGAGCAGUUGCGGAGAGUGCCUAAUGAUUCGAGAUUCGUCCCGGUGGGAAAAAAGUACAUUUUUCACACCGAGAACUAUCUGAAGCGGACCCUCGUAACGGCUGAAAUAAUCUUGCUGGAAGCGAACGCCCGAGCACUCGCAGCAAAUACCACAGCGUAUGUCCACGUCGUCGGAUUUGGACUGGGGGUUUGGAAGGCCCUGCCUGAACAGCAAAUAUACUUCAUGAAAGCAUUCGAGAUAGCGCUGAAUGGCACGAUGAAGAACAUCCAUAAUGUAUCCGACAUCAUGUUCUCCUACUUCCAAAGCAAAUUUACCUGCGGCGGGGUCGAUGACGGUGGCAAGAUCGGUCACGUGAAACUUCACUACGGAGAAAGAGAACCCCACACCGUUCUCGAAGAGGAUAAACUUCUGGUGGUAACUUACGCCUGGGACGGGAACGCUUUGCCGGGCAACGAAUUCUGGCUGGGAAAGUUAGCCUCGAGUGGUGAUCCAGCAGCAGCAUGCAGCACGCAGAUUACCGAGCUCCACAACGUCGCAAUAAAUAGUAGGGCAUCGGCCGAAAAUCUUCACAUCGCCUCACCUGAACACGGUAUCCUUCACGUAGCUGACUACGCAAAGUUAAAACUACAGUGAUUUGAAUAAUUCGAUGAUUUUUGUACACGAAAUUUUGUAAAACCGUUAAAAAACUUGGAAAAUAAUUGCGGAUAUACUGUACAUUUUUUUUUUUUUUUUAUGCAUACAAAUGAGAAAUAUAAUUAUUA